UCUAUGCAAAAAGUUAUUUAAAUACAUUUUUAUUGUGUUUAUUUAAAAAACUUGAUUAUAAUAAUAAAUUAAUAACAUUUGAAAUACAAGAUGUCUUCAACGAUCAAAAGCACCAAAAAUGGAAAGUCUGGAAAAAGUAAAAAGUCAAUAGAAUAUCCCAUCGUUGAUUUAGGUACUCCAAAUCCGAUCGAGUACCAAUUAUCGAACGAGCUCUUCGCGAAGCUCGGCUGGACGGUAAUGCCCACUAAAAGGUCCACGAGGAAAAUUGUCCAAUACCAGGCACAAACGGCCAAACCUCAUUUAGAUUGGUUUCAGAUGUAUAGGCUAUUAGGCAGUAAGUAUUAUGAUGAGGAUAAGACAAAAGUACUUGUAGAUUUUCACCCGGAUGGUUCCGGUAAAGUUUUUUAUCCAAAUAGCAGGUUGGCUGUUGAAAUUCUCAGAUCAAAGAAACGAAAGCGUAAUGACUUAGACAUUGUAACAUUAUACAUUGUCUUCACACCCGGAGGAAAAGAUAUUAUAGGAGUUUCGAGAGAGCCUCAAAUUACAGCUAUUUUUGACUCGAUUGGAAAUGGAAUGGUUAUGAGCGAAGAAGGUGAAAUAAGAUUAUCCUACAAUCAGCUUGGGGGAAUUUGUUUUGAUACCCCUGUGGGAAUUCCAUAUCUUUGGCAUUGGACUAAAAAUUCAAAGAAGCCUGAACUAGAAAUAGUAUUUAAUGAACCCGAUGCAGAUCACUUAGUGAGGCAAUUUUUCUCAAGUACAAAUAAAGCUUCCUAUAGCUCCACAGGUAAAGAAACUCCCAAAUCAAUAAAAUGUGGUAGUAAGAAAGAUAAGGUCAAAGCAGAAUCAAGGAACAAUAAAGAUUCUGAAAAAGGAAAAGAAAAAUUAGAAGAUGAAAAUAAAAGACAUUGGGUCGAUUCGAAAAGAAAUGUUAAAUUUGAUAAGCCAUCAAGAUGGUUGAAACCAGUCUUUCUGAAGAUAAACAAAUACUUAUGUUUGAGAAUUCAUGAUAGAAGGAAUAUCAAUUUACAAUUUUUAGCCAAUGGUAAAAGCAUCAGGAUUGAACUGGGAACCAAGCUGAAUUUAAAUAAAGAAAUCUCCACUUAUAACACAGAAUUCACAAAUUUGAAAACAGAAUUGCUAAAAUGCAGAUUUCUAAGUGAACUUGAAGAAGCAAUAAGCACCAAUAAAAUACAAGAGUUACUUAAGGCGCAACUUAAAGCAAAAAAAUUCGGUGCUGUUUUAUAA